AUGUUGGCUCGUCUUUCCCUCGUCAAGCAAAGAUUUGUGCAAAUCAGAUCUUUAGCAACCAUGGCUUCCGAUACCUCCACCUAUAAGCUCAACCACACGAUGAUGCGGGUCAAGGAUCCGCAGAGAUCGGUGGAAUUUUACAAAUUCCUCGGUUUGAACCUGGUCAACAAGAUUGAUAUGCCUGAAUGGAAGUUCUGCAACUACUUCCUGGCCUAUGACGGCCCCGCCUCUCUCCAGGGGAGUGAUUGUCACUGGACCGAUCGUAACGCCGUUCUGGAAUUGACUCACAAUUAUGGCACUGAGAACGACCCCAACUACAGUGUGGUCAACGGAAACACAGAGCCGCAUCGUGGCUUCGGCCACAUUGCCAUCGCGGUUGACAAUAUCGAAGCCGCCUGCAAGCGGAUUGAAGAUGCUGGCUACCCCUUCCAGAAGAAAUUGACCGAUGGCCGUAUGCGAAACAUUGCCUUCGCCAAGGAUCCUGAUGGAUACUGGGUUGAGAUCAUUCGUCGCGCCGACGAGAAUCUCAGCACCACCACCGACCCGGGUAGCUACCGCCUGAACCACACCAUGCUGCGCGUGAAGGAUGCCGAAGCCAGCUUGAAGUUCUACCAGGAAUCCAUGGGCAUGUCUUUGGUUCGCACCAUUGAAAAUCCAGAGAACAAGUUCAACCUGUAUUUCCUGGGGUACCCUGCGUCCAACCCAAAGACCAAGGAGGGCAGCAACCCGGUGGCGGACUGGGAAGGUCUGCUAGAGUUAACCUGGAACUACGGCACUGAGAAGCAGGAGGGCCCUGUCUACCACAACGGUAACACUGAACCCCAAGGUUUCGGUCAUAUCUGUAUCUCUGUUGACGACCUCCCGGCGGCGUGCGAACGGUUCGAGUCUCUGAAUGUGAACUUUAAGAAGCGCCUGACUGACGGUCGGAUGCACAACAUUGCAUUUAUUCUUGAUCCCGAUGGAUAUUGGAUUGAAGUUGUGCAGAACGAGGGAAUCAAGCGCACUGGUGACUGUGUGAUGGAGCUACUCCGCACUGCCAGAAUUGUCAGCGCAAAGGAAAAGAAUGCAAAUACCAACAUGGAGACGACAAGCGAAAAGCUGUUCUCAGCCCGAAUUGAUCAGCUAUGUCAUUUCAUCAAGGAACAAGGGUUAGAGCCGCCGCCAAUGAAUCCAGAGGAUGAGGCUGGCAUGAAUAGGGUCUUGGAUACACUCCAGAUCCCGCGUGGAUUUCCUCAAGUCUCGGCAGUGGGCGAUGAAAAGCGACCAGCAGAUGAGCCAACGGUCUCUGGAGUCUCAAGCAAAUCACCGCCUCAAGAUCUGCCUAACGUGAAUACCAAGGGACAAACCGCGAUCACUAAUUUGGCUGCUUCUGGUGCAUCCCCUGCCCAAGAUACACCAUCUAGUGGAAAGUUCCCGUCGCCGGAGGGCUGGAAUCCAUUUGGAAUGGUACAAGGCGCUUCCGACAAUCAGAACUUUGUCCAUUGGGGCUUCACUUUGCCAACAGCUGAAAGCUUGGACACGAUUUACGCUAAUCUCAACGGAGGACCAGGGGCCCCAACAAUGCCUAGAAUGCCCGUUAACACUGAAAUGAGCCCGCAUAACUACCAUCUUGGCAUGGAUAAGGCUCAUCAGCCAGGGGGUUCGCUAGGCCACCUACCCCAUGACGGAGAAAAUGAUUCGGACAGCGGCGAAGAGGACGAAGCUGAAAACGAUGUUAUUGAGCAAUUAUCGCAUCGCAUUGGCACUUUGAAAAUUGCAGGCGAUGGCCACCUGCGAUUCUACGGUGCCACGUCCAACCUCAAUCUGGUGGACGUGUCUGCGACACAGCAGCGGCAGCGACCAGACGCGCGGACUGUGCGUCACGAUGGUCAGGAUAUUCUGAAUCACCUUCGGGUUGGUCAACCUGUUGACCAAGCCCUGGAGGAUCAUCUUAUAGAGUUGUAUUUCACCUGGCAAAACCCCAGUACAUACAUUGUCGACAAAGAGAUGUUCAUGAUGGCACGAACUAAAUGGCGCGAUGAAUUGGACGAUACUCCGUUCUAUUCGGAGGUUUUGACCAAUGCGAUGUGCGCAAUAGGGAGUGCUUUUGAGGCACGCUAUCACCCUACGUUCAUCACUUUCCCCAAAUCCCUCUCUGAAUUCUUCGCAGACCGGGCUAAAGCCCUUCUGGAAAUCGAACUCGACUCUCCUUGUGUUGCUACUGUUCAGGCACUUGUUAUUAUGAGCUGCCAUGAAGGCGCAUCAAAUCGCGAUGCCCGAGGUUGGCUGUAUAGCGGAAUGUCUAUGCGGCUUGCUUUCGAUCUUGGCUUACAUUUAGAUAUGAGGGCCUAUGUCGAGAAGGGCGAUAUUACUCAGUUUGAGGCUGAUGUACGUCGUGCAACCUUUUGGGGUAGCUAUGUUGCAGACCAUUUCUGGGGCUUCUACUUGGGCCGCCCGUUCCGCAUGAACGCUGGUGAUAUAGGUGUCCCCAAACCUGGCUCUGCUCUUUGUCCUGAAAAGGAAGAAAACUGGCAUCCAUAUGGCCACCAAGCCGCUCAUUCGCUAUCGGAGAACGGCCUGAGGAACCCCAUGGAGUUAAUAUGUAGGCAAUUUGUCGUCCUAUGGGAGAUGAUCUCUCCAGUUGGUCAUAUUUUGUAUGGAUGUUCCGAUAUCUCUCGGCAUGACUUGCAAAGAAUCUGCUAUCAAGUUACGGAAGAUUUGUUCGCCUGGAAAGCAAACCUUCCUUCUACCCUUCAGAUUAAUUUGGACGAUGAUAAAUCACCAAUAUUGCCUCAUUUGAUGAUGCUCCACAUGCAAUACCACCAAAUCAUCAUCUUCUUCCACCGCCCAUGGCUCUCCAAAAGCUAUAUUCAGCCCCGCAGUCCCCGUCAAGGGCCUGGGUAUCACCACGCGCGGCGCAUGUGCGUGGAAUCAGCCACCGCAAUCGCAAGAAUACUUCAACUCUUCGAGAAACACUACACCUUCCGCCGCAUGAACAACCAAGUCGUAGCGAUAAUCUUCAGCGCAGCGCUCAUGCUCCUCUUCGUUACAGUAUCCACGUCCCCAAUGAGUCCAGUCAAACAAGGGGAUAGCCCGACAUACCCCCGCAACGCGGAAAUGGUAGCAUAUCUCAAUCUAUGCUUCCGUGCUCUCGAUGAACUGGGUCAAUCAUUCGACAAUGCCAAGCGCACCCGCGACUACCUUGUUACUCUCCAGCGACGUUGGCAAGCAAACAUGCGACGAUCCGGCUCCGCAGCGAAACGCCAAAACAGCAGUGCUAACUUGGUGUCGCUGGGCACGCAGAAACCGUCUAUACAGCAUAACCGAGCUGCCAAUGCUCACGGAACGGAUGGCUCGCGGAAGAAAUCCCGUUUAUCCGUUUCCGGGGCUCCUCCUCAUAUACAGCCAGCAGCACCUGUGACUAGCAACCAAUACUCCCAUCUCUCCCAGCAAACGCUGCCUCCUCACCACCAAUAUCAUCAACAAAGCUCUUAUCAGCAACAGACCUCCUUCCCCGUCCACGAUUCCCAUCUAGGCGACCUAGACUGGAUCCCUAACUCGGACAUGCGUCUUUUGUCCGAGACUCAAAAUGGCAACGCACUGAAUGGCAUGGGCCAGAUUCCUUCUCCCCCUUUCCCCGAGGGCUCUGGGAUGCUAUCAGACAUUGCGGCCAUUGAUGGAUGGUGGGCAUCGGAAAACUAUACGAGGAACUCAAUGCCACCAUAA